CCCACGCGUCAGCCCUUCCGCCGACCGCCGCUGCCGGAGGAAAAAUGCCAGCUUCUCUAAGAAAACUGCAGCAAAUGGCUGUUUUCAUGGGACUGUUCAGCGGUGGGGGAUGCAUCGUGAUGUAUAAUCUUAUGCAAAAAAGUUUUGCCAGGACCCAGUAUUACCAGCAGGCUUUGGAGCAACUGAACAGCAAUCCUGAUGCCCUGGAAGCCCUGGGUGCCCCCCCUCUUAAGGUUCACAACAUCCGACUGACAGAUGGGAGUAAUCGCGUGGACACAGAAAGAGCACAGAUAAAGUUACCGGUAUCUGGAACAAAGUCAGCGGGGUACCUCUACAUUAACUCAGAGAUGGACCACUCCCGUCAAUGCUGGUGCCUUCAGGAUGUCACCUUGAAACUGAGGGAUGGUCAGAGUAUUCCCGUUUACCACUCCCCGGUGGAAAGCAUUGGUGUGCAAGAAGGCUAAAAAGUCAAAGGCAGCUGCUUCUCCACCUCCCGUUGAGCUGAAGGAGCCAUUAAUCGAUUGCAUCCCGCUGUGUCCGUGAAUGUACACAGUUGUCACAAGUGACAGUUUCACUUAAGUGAGUGCUCUCAAGACAAUUUUCUCUCUCUGAUUGACCUCAUCAUUGUCAUAAUUGUAAUUUCUUUCUUUUGCUGGUUUAUUCAUGUGUU